CGACUGAAGAACCUCUGGACAUUGAAGCUGGUGGAGUGGUGUCCCUUUGACGUUCGUCAUUACUCGUUCGAUCCGAUCCGGAACAACAAACGAUACAAUGUCAGGUCUCAAAGAUUAUUAGGUCUGAGUCCACUUGACCCGUGAUGGAGCAAAAAUGUAGGCAGUCUGCAGAAUAUCGGGAAGCAGAACGUGAAAUGUUGAAAGUAAUUUGAAAGAUUUGUGUCAGUUUGACAGUUGUAGCCUGUUCCUCUGAAAACAUCUGCAGAUGAUUCUUGAGAGAAGGUAUUUUUGUACCUGUUAUCGUUCACAUGCAUGACUUUAUCAUGGAAGAAAGAGACUUACAGAUAAGUAACCGAGACACCAAAACAGACGCUGAAUGUGAGAGAAUAUUUAUGGCGACAAGUGAUGUCGAGAAACCUGAUGAGGAUGAAAGAAGAGUCAAGCCAUAUCAGUGUGGUGAAUGUGGGAGGGUUUUUAAGCAUUCAAGUAGCCUACAGGCACACAUGAGAUCUCACAGUGGAGUCAAGCCAUACGAAUGUGGGGAGUGUGGGAAAACAUUUACAAUAUCGAGUGACUUGCAGAGACACAUGAGAAGUCACACUGGAGUCCGGCCGUACCAGUGUAAUGAGUGUGGGAAGGCUUUCGCAACAUCCAGUCAACUAACUACACACAAGAGAUCUCACAGUGGCAUCAGACCUUAUGAGUGUACUGAGUGUGGGAGGGCAUUUACCCGAUCAGGCCAUCUGCAGAGGCACAAGAGCUGUCACAGUGACGUCAAGCCGUUUCAAUGUAACAAGUGCGAGAAAACAUUCUCACGGUCAUGUGACUUGCAGAGACACAUGAAGUGUCACAGUGACCUCAAACCAUAUGUUUGUAAGGAAUGUGGAAAAGCGUUUGCCAGAUCGGGCUACCUGUUGAUACACAUGAAAUAUCACAGCGGAGUCAAGCCAUAUCAGUGUGGCCAGUGUGGUAAAACUUUUACAGAAACAGGUAACCUCAGGCUGCACAUGAAAUAUCACAGCGGAGUCAAGCCACACCAGUGUAGCCAGUGUGGGAAAGCAUUUACAAGAUCUGUUGAGCUGCAAAGACAUAUGAAGAGUCAUUUUAAUGUUCAGACUUAUAAUUGCAGUGAGUGUGACUUGGUGUUCACACGAUCGGCUGAACUGCAGAAGCACAUGACUUCUCACAGAGGUGUCAGGCCUUAUGAAUGUAGUGAGUGUGGGAAAGCCUUUGCUCAUUCAAGUACCCUGCAAAGCCACAUGAGCUGUCACAGUGAAGUUAAGCCUUAUAAAUGUAGCUCUAAAGUCAGCCAAACUCUUUUGAACCUUUUAGGCGACCGGGCAUGUAAAAAGUAAUGCCAGCACCUGGUUGGUUGGUUUGUUGUUUAACACGGCACUCAGCAUUAUACUCAGUAAAAGGCGACUAACGGGAUCAGGUGGUCAGGCUCGCUGACUUGGUUGAUGCAUGUCAUCGAUCCAAAUUGCGUGGAUCGAUGCUCAUGAUAUUAAUCACUUGAUUGUCUGGUCCAGACUCGAUUAUUUACAGACCACCGUCAUAUAGCUGGAAUAUUGCUGAUUGCGGCGUUAAACAACAAACCAACCAACCAAACUGACAUACCACACACUCAAUAGGCUGAAACAACCAGAAUCAGGCAUCAGUAAUGAAUCCUUCUCUUCAGAGCCACCCAUGUGCACCAUGCCAACAGUGUCUCAUAUCAGUAAUAGGGGCGGUCGGGUAGCCUAGUGGUUAAAGCCUUAGCUCGUCACGCCGAAGACCUGGGUUUGAAUCCCGACAUGGGUACAAUGUGUGAAGCCCAUUUCUGGUGUCCCCCGCCGUGAUAUUGCUGGAAUAUUGCUAAAAGCGGCGUAAAACCAUAUUCAUUCACUCAUAUCAGUAAUAGAGCUGGGACAAUUCAUCCAAAAAUUGUACCACAAUAUUAAUUUCAUAUGAGACCUAAAUUGAAUGUAGGAAUAUAGUAUUGAAAAAAUAUUUAUUACUACUUUCUGACAGUACACUCGUAUGUGCACGAGUAUAUAAGCUGUUGCUUGUCAUGUUUUGGCCAGAGGAAUCGUUAUGAGUGACAUACACGUGCUAAUGGCAUUUAUUUACUCUUUUUUUAAUCCUAAGCCUUGCAUGACUACAUCUAUACCCUACAGCUUUAUGACUUGUUCUGUAUUAAAGCUUGAUGUCAGUCUUUGUAUAUGGUACACACAGCUUUAUAAAUAUUGUGACUCAGCAUGGUAAAAAAAUAAAGAAUUACAAAUGUUUUCUUA